AUGGUACCAGAGGACUUCGACACAACCUGGGCGUCAUCACAUCUUCCGCAUAAAUAUGGCGGUCUCAAGGUCUGUUACAUUGAACAGAUCCUCGAGCCCACCAUGUUACCGACAAGGACAGAGACUACCGGGAGGACAUUUGACAGAUCAUCACUCGUACCCUUAGGCACACCGGGCUCAUCUCCGGCCGCACGCUCGUCAGCUCAAUCCCUCACAAACAGACCGUCGCUAAAGCUGAACGACUUUUGCGGAACGAUCCACCAAAGCUUUGACCAGGAAGUGGGAAUUUAUCCGAACGGCUUCAACCACGACAUCACUCUCAUCAAACCCGCGCAUCGGACUUUGGUGAAAGAUGUCGCGUCCCCUAUCAGCGGUAUCGGUUGGCUCAACCACGAUUCGUGGAUUUCGCUCCGCCAGCAGACGACAACAAUCAAGAUCUUAGCUGAUGCCGAAAGCUCAGAGUCCGCGGGAGGCUCACAGGCAGCAAAAAGCAUCAAAUGCAGUCGUCCAUCAGACAUCCUCGUGGUAGGCGAAGGCAUCUUCCUGAACCAGAAAGCUGCAGCGGGCAAUUCGAAGAGUCUCAAACACCACGAUGCGGCAACAUGGGAGGAUCUCGUGUCACGCGCAAUCCUGUACCGUGUCUAUCCUGAUUUCGACCCACCGAACGGCCAUAGCGGCACUGCACUUUAUGCGGAUGGAACGAGGACCGAUGGAACCGAAGGCCCAGGUGUCGUAGGCUUCCAAAGCUUUGUACAGCGCAGUGGUCACGUGCAGAAUUUCGAGAUGGAGGGUGAUGCACUGGAGCGGCGAUUGAGAGCUGGAAGAGUUGCAUUCUAUGGAGCGUUCGAAGUCCCCGCCGAACUCAAGAAGUACCAUAUAUACUGA